UUAAGGCCUGAUGAUCUUCGAGGGUCGUCUCAGUAAUCAGGAGAAGACGCUGGCUGUGCUGCUGGAGCAGGCCUUCAGGAUCAAAGAGGAGGUGGCAGCUGGCCAGCGGUCCGCCCAGGGCUCUGUCCAAGCUGAGGUCCUUUCCCGUAGGCUGCUGGAGAACCACAUACUCACUAUCACACACAUUGUCAAACAGCUCAGUGUGGAUAUACAGGUGCACGAACACUGGAGACACAGAUCGCCCAGUGUCACCUCUGGUACUACACUGGCUGUUCAAAGCCUCGACCAGAAGAAUAUGGCUGGCAUCGGAGACCUAAGAGGAAAAGUAGCCAGGUGUGAUGCCAGCAUUUCCAAGCUGAGCGCUGAUGUGAGCUUUUGGGAGCAGCAGGUGAUUAAACUGCAGCAGGAGGUGACAGAGCUCCGGUCGGCUGUGGAUGUACGGUUCCAAUAGCUCAAAGUGAAGGUGAGUCGUGACCUGAGCAGACUGGAGGUCUCACUGACAGAGCAUUCCCAGGGCCAAAGGAGCUCCAUGUCUGAUCUGCAUAGACAAGUUCACCUCCUAGAAGCAAGGAUAUCAAGUGACCUAAAGGAAGCCAAGAAGCAGACAGACACACUGAAGAGGUGGACAGAACAACAGCUCCACAGCUCUGUCCAGACACACGCACAGAGCAAUUGCAAUUUAUUUUUCCAUGGACCUUUUGACUAUUCACACACACUAAGUAAAAAGUGUUUGGCAGCACUGUAUGUUUAUAUGUUGUGUGUUCAGUUAGAGGCAGAGUCUAGAUUGGCUGACCGACUGUGUGGUCUGGAGGCCCGUGUGGAGCCGUUUGAGACCCAGCGGGAUCAAGCAAACCACCGUCAGGCAGAUCAGCUGAAACGCUCUGAAACCAAACUCGGUAAAAGAAUGUCCUCAAUUGAGAACAGCCUUCAUCAGGAGCUGCAGCUGCUCAAACAGGAAUACCACAAAGGUUUCCUGUCUGUGCAUGACGUCAUUGAGUCCCUGAGGCAGAUAGGUAACAUAAAAUCCUGCCUUGACAAGGAGAAGCUGCAGAAGGAUAUCAGGCACAUCUGCAGCAAGGUGGCUGAGCUUAAUGACUUGUGACAUUAUCAGCCGAAGAGGAGCUCUUUUUUACUGUCACACCUAUCCUAAAGCAAUGGCUCAAAGGCAUGUCUGUAGGUGACAGUGUGGUGUUUCCUAACUGGCUCUAUUCCCAGCGUCCAUAAGCCCACAGCUGUUUAACCUAUACAUAUUUCAAGUUUAAUAACUUGCUGAAAUUCAGAGAAAUUAUCAAGUAAUAUGGAGUAGAAUGCUUUUUUGGUGAAAUGUUAGGCAACACAAUUUGUACAACUGUAAUGCUGUGUACAUAAAUUCUGUGUGCUGACUAAUGAAACUGAGUUUUGACAUGUGAUUACAGAC